AUAAGAGAGACAACAGGGUUUUUCAAGACUGGUCACUUCCUUUUGCUGGUCUUGCCUCAUAGAACUUGGAGUUUUUCCUUUUACCCAAGUUUAGUGCUAAAUUCUUCUGUUUGCAAUGGAAAGACAGGUGAUAUAUGCGGAUUUAAACUUAUCCAGGGAUUCCGGCCUUGAAAGCUCAUCAGCUCCUCAGAAUGUUUGUCAGGGUCCACCUUGGCAUAAAUUUGCUCUGAAACUUGGUUGUGCUGGGAUUACUCUUCUUUCCUUGGCUGUGAUUUGGUUGAGUAUUUCAGUGAUAUUCUUACGACAAAAAUUGUCAAUAGAAGAAACCAGCAUGGAUGUUCCAGAGAGCAGGAACGAAACCACAGAAAGACCAGCUCUGCUAAAGUGCCCAACAAAUUGGCACCCAUUCCAAGAUAAAUGCUUGUUUUUUUAUAACUCUUAUAAACACUGGAAUGAAAGUCUAGCUGACUGUUCCACAAAAGAAUCCAGUCUGCUGCUUAUUCAAGAUAAUGAAGAAUUGAGACUCAUACAAAAUCUGAUAGAUAGUGGAGGAAUUAUAUUUUGGAUUGGACUAAAUUUUUCCUUACCAGAGGAGAACUGGAAGUGGAUAAAUGGCUCCUUUUUAAGUUCUGAGAUAUUACCUAUUACUGGUGUUGCUGGGGAAAACAACUGUGUCUCCAUCUCAAAGACACAAAUGCUUUCUGAGCCCUGUGAUUCAGAAAAUAAAUGGAUCUGCCAAAAAAACCUAAAACCUGUCAGAAAUAUAGUAAAGAAAUAAAGUAUAUUCUGCCUCU